AUUGAAAGGUCUUAUAAAUUAUGGACUAGUGUCAUGUGAGUGGAAGAGAAAACGGAACUACUUACAAAAUGAAGAAAGCUUCUCCUUCAAAUCUACUUCUUCUUCCAAAGCCGGGCUUUUUCCGAUUGACGAAGAAGGCGGUUGUUUUGAAUUAUCUCUGCCACCACAACCCUCCUUGAUCACUAAAACCAAUGGACGAUAUUCAUGAAAAAGAAGAGGAAUUCGAAUUUUGCUCCUCACUGAAUUCAUCUUCUACCUUGUCAACUUUACGUUUCCACUUCCACCAUCCCAAGCCAGCCACAAUCACCUCCUCCACUACUGCAGACAUCCAUAUUGAACAUCAUUAUCAUUUCAAAAUAUCAUAAAAAGAUUAAUAGUUUAUUUAGUAUAAAUCAUGGAUGCAUGAUUCGAGCCCACGAUGUCAUCAAGGCCAAGACAGUAACACGGUUUUGCGGAUAUUUGAUAAAACUCAACGCAAUUCAACAAGGUUUAGUGGCAUAAGGAAAAUCAUGGUGAAACUAACAUCCAUCAAGACCAUUUUACGAGAUACAAAAUCCCGAUCACUUCAGCAGUCACCGACAGACAAAGUCAACAAGAAGAUUACCAUGGACAGCAAACCAAAUAAAUUGGACAUUCAAAGCGACUCUAGCCAAUAUGGUCAACAAACAUAA